AUGUCAUUUUUGAGUGGAAGUAUGGUUAUUGAUACCCUAACCAAUGGUUCAGUAGCUACUUCAUUGGUGUGUUUGAAGUGUCCAUUGACCAUUUAUGCGACGAACUUAGUCUGUUUACAAUUGAGUCAAGUUGAUGUUAUCCUUGGGAUGAAAUGGUUGGAGUUAAACCUUGUUCAUAUCAAAAUCUUCGCCAUGACUGUGAUAUUUCCUAAGAUGGAAAGAGAUAGAGAGUUGAUGUUCAUAUCUGCUAAGCAAGUAGAAGAAUUCUUGAUAUAUGAGGCACAUGUGUUCGCUAUGUUUGCUUCUUUGGGAAUCGAUAGUAAAGUUGUGAUGGGAGAGAUACCAAUAGUGUGUGAUUUUCCUGAAGUAUUUCCUAACGAUAUCAGUGAUUUUCCACCAGAGCGUGAGGUGGAGUUUGCUAUAGACUUAGUAUCUGGUACUAGUAUAUCGUUGAGGUCUCCUUAUAGAAUGUUAGCUUCAUAG